AUGCUAGCUGCAAGGGAUAUGGAUGAUGGGGCUACCGUCGCAAGUGCUGCCAAGCUCGCCGUACAACUUGAAGCAAUGAAGGCCGACGUUUCGGAUCUCUGUGGGGAACUGGAAACUGCCACAUCAGCGCUCAAGUCCACCAAAGCUAAGUCGGCCGCAGAGGAAGCUCGGAUUCAGGAACUUGAGGCCAUGAUGGCACACCAGCAGCUGGUUAAGGGAAAAUUGCGGGGGGCAAGCCCUUCUUCCAGCAAGACCAACUCAGCCGAUAGUGGGGGUGGCCCCAUCACCGUGGUCCCUAACCACCAACGGUCCCGUCAGGCACGGUUGCGGCGUCAGACGGAAGGUCGGAUUCGAAACUUACGCAACCAACCAUCCAGCCAGGCGGCCCACUCCUUGCUGGUUGCAUACUUAAAUUCUCUUUCUCCCGGGAACUUCUUUGGUGACGACUAA